GAGCCAAUAUUUAUUUUCCCUCCGUUUGGUUAGCUCCUCCGAGCUACAAAAGCUACAAGAGCCACAAGAGCGAAGAAAGAGAAAGAUCAGAGACGAAGAAGCAUGUCUGAGAAAACGCGCGCGCUCCGAGCUCUGGUGACGCAGCGGCUGAGCGCGGCCGCGGACGAGAUCUUUGCUCUGGUGGAGAGAACAAUAGCGGAGUAUGAAGAGGAACUGCGCCGCUCCAAAGAGGAGACCCACAGGAACCAGAGGAACCAGAGGAACCAGCAGAACCUGGACUCGGACCUGAGCCCGCAGCUCCGGCUCCACAGAACCGCGGACGCUCAGGUUCAGACGUAUUUGGAAAUGGGAAACUUUUCGCCUCAAAUGAAGGAUUAUUCCGAGAUUUUGGGCGAAGACUUUAACUGCACCGUAAAAAACGAGUCCGAGGAGCAAAGUGAGGAAGAGGAGGAGGAGUGGGCUCAGGCCAACAGCUCCGCUCAACCUCCACACGACGGAAACCACUACAGCCACGUGCAGACAGAGGGCGCAGCUGGGCUUUUUCCCUCCUUUAAAUUCGGAGACUUUUCAAUGAACAAAAGCCCGACCGCGACGUCCAGCGACUUCUGCGCCGUGGAAGACGACGGGAUAAAACACCAGUGUCAUUUUUGUGAAAAGAAAUUCCGAGACAAACACAACCUGAAGCGUCACAUCACGGUGCACACGGGGGAAAAACCUUUCAGCUGUACAGUUUGCGGCCGCUGUUUCUCUCAGAAGGAAACCCUACGGCAGCACAUGGGCCUCCACAGCCGCUCCAAGACCGAGCCGAGGAUCAGGCGGGGCGGCUCUCCGCGGACGGCUCCGGCGGCCCAGGACCCGGCGGCGAGUCCGUCCAAGAGCGCCCCCUUCAGCUGCCCCGUGUGCGCGCGCUGCUUCACCCGGCCCUUCUCCCUGCAGUCGCACAUGGUCACGCACACGGGGGAGAAGCCCUUCCUGUGUUUACAGUGUAACAUGAGGUUUAACCGCAAAUCCAACUUAAAACGACACGCAAAAACCCACGCGCCCAAAUGAGAACGAAGCCGAGGAAAUGUUUUAGCAAAAUGUUUUUAAGCUGAAAAAAAAAAACGGAACGUCAGACUCUGUGAUUCUGUGAGGCUGUGCCACGUUUACAUGAGAGAUUUAACUCUGAAUCAAAAUGAAUUCCGUUUUUAAAAGUCCAUUUAAACACUUGAAAUUAAAAUGAUUCGGAAUUCAACUUGAUUCUGAAAUAAGUGUUUGGUUUAUUCAGAUUUUAAAGCUGAGUGAAUUUGGUUCCUGGAUCAUGUUUGUCAUUUCUUCUUGUUAAAAUAAUGUUGGUGCUUCAUGUUCGUCGUGUCGUCCUUCGAUCCGGCUCCACCAGUCGUGUCUCGGGACUUUGCUCCACGUCUCUUUGGGUUUGUGAGCGGGAUGUGGGAGUGGGCUGAGCGUUUGUCUUCUUCCUCCUUCUCCGACACUCUUCCCUCCUCCUCCUCAGCUCACAGACGGAAAGUGUGAUGAGACAAUUCUCCAGCAGCUGCUUCGCAAUUCUCAAAAAGUUUAUCGAAAAGUUUGGAUGGUGUUUGUGUCCGUGGAGGAACGACAAACCCAGACGACAGAAAAGUCGGGAGCAGCUCAAGUGUGUGUUCAAUCUGUGUGUCGUUCGUUCAAUCGUUUUUCAAUAUAAAACCAAAAAUAAGAAAAUGAAAAAACAACUAUUUUCUUCAUUAUUUGUCUCCAAAACCA